AUGCCUAAUCGAGCCGGCCGACAACGCAGACCAGCCGGCCGACAACGCAGACCAGCCCUCCGACCACUCUUACCAGCCCCCGAACGAGCUGAAACACCCUUCGAAGUCGAAUCACGCUAUGUAGAAGACCCAGGCCCAUCACCCUACUAUUUUUUCGAUCGACGAAUGGCCCGACUCAUACGAGCCGGUCAACAAGAGGCCGAAGAUGAGCAGUACAUCAGGGACAUGGAAUCAAAUCCAGAUUUAGAAGAACAAAUAUUUGACGACUCCGAAGUGGAAUCCGACGCGGAUCCCACUACUACACAACGCCCAAGAGGGCACUGGCGGAAUUACCGCUGCGACAUAUGCAACUACGUCUUAGAAAGACAAUAUAUCAUCGGCCCCGAUCGCGACGACAUUUUCAUCUUGAGUAGUCGCUGCUACAAUUGCGUGUCCAUGUUCUCAUCGCUACAGCCAACACUGGAUGAUAGAUCAUUUCAAAGACUAUACGCUAUAAUCAUCCGCAACUAUAAUACAAAUCGGAGAAGAAGAAUGUCUACCACUCGUGUGCAAGCUCGCUGGCGAGCCCGUGGGCGUGGUGUCCGCAUCAACUCUCGCUCUGUUCGAAAUAUCCCGCUAGGUCAUUGGGCUCGCGAAGCUCAGAGGCGUGAGCAAGAGGAAGAAUCUUCUUCUCCUUGA